CAUGAAAAGCAUCUCAACUCUGUCAGUCGCUUUGGCAAUCUGUAGUCCUGGCACUGCAUUGAUCUGUAAAUCGACACCAGCGGACUUCGACUGGCCUCAACCGUGGGAAUGGAAUGCCUUGAACCACACAUUGGGAGGCGCUCUUCUUCAAACUCGCCCUGUUGCAUCUGCAUGCUACCCCAGCAAUNNCCCCCUCAACUCGACUCUAUCCUGCCGUGAGNNGGUAGAAGACGGGUGGAAUUCAACGUACUUCCAUGCUACCCUUCCUGAAUCAGUCGAUGCCACAAUCUGGACCAACAACUCGUGUGUCCCUCCUGGAGUUGACGGAUAUGUCGAAGGUAACCCUUGUACUCUUGGAGCAUAUCCAGCAUAUAUUGUGAAUGCAACCUCGGACCAGAUGAUUGCGUAUGCAAUGCGUUGGGCCUCGCGACGAAAUAUGCGCAUCAUUGUCAAAGGAACUGGUCACGACCUUGACGGCCGUCUAUCUAUCUGGACCCGAUAUCUUAAUCAUAUCGAGUUCGACUCCAAAUGGAACGGGUCUGAAGAUGUCGUCCCUUUUGGCAGUGGCCAACAAUGGGGCAACGUCUACGACGCAGCUGCGAAGCACGGCAAAGUCGUGAUCGGGGGUGCAGAUGGUAGUGUGGGCCUUGGAGGCCAUAUACAAGGUGGAGGUUACGGACCACGUUCUGCACAAUACGGUCUUGCGCCUGAUCAGGUUCUUCAGGUCAGUAUAGUGACCACAGAAGGAGAGAUGCUUGUCGCAAACGACACUGCUCAUCAAGAUCUCUUUUGGGCCGUUCGUGGUGGAGGAGGCGGCAGUUAUGGCGUGGUCACUGAAUAUGUACUCAAGACCUACCCAGCCCCUGCCAACACUGUAGCUGGAGUUCUGUCGAUUGGUGGUGGGAAGAACACUACUGGAAACGUUACUUGGGAUGCGUUUGCUAUUCUGCUCAACCACAUACCUGAUAUGAUGGAUCAAGGACUCUGGGGCAAUGUUAUCGCUUUUGGAAAAACACCAGGCGAAGUUUCCCUGACUGUCCAACUUUCGGCAUAUAACAGCACUGCGUCUGAAGUUACUUCUUUGGUCGAACCUGUCAUCGCAGCAAUAAAUGCCAUGACUGGCAGCGGUAACUCUAGCCUCUCGUUGCAGUGGAGCGAACCUACGGUUACUCCUUUCGAUCGCAACAGUAGCUCCAGAACAGCUUCAGACACUGCGGGAUCUGGUGGUCUCGAGACUAGUCGUCUGCUUGGCCGGGCACAACUUUCGCAUCCCUGUGAGCAGGUGUCGUCCUACUUGCGUCGCAUCAUGUGGACCGAGCCCGGCUCCGGCAGUGCCAUGCUCAUCCUGGGUCUUAUGGCGGGCCCUGGCGUCCAGAACACUCCUCUCGAACGUCAAGGAGCAGUCAACCCAACCUGGCGCAACGCCUACGUCCACGCUAUUUCCGGCUCUGCUCCCGCCUCGAACGACAAAGCGACUCCAGUGCAAGCCAUCAAACAAGAUGCCGAUUGGUACGAGAUCCAUAGAGAAGCCGUGUGGCGCGAAUGGGCACCAAACAUGGGAGCUUAUAUGAACGAAGCGAACCCUUACAACUCAAACUGGAAGCACGACUUCUUCGGCGUCAACUACGAUAGACUCGCUGCUAUCAAGAAGAAGUACGAUCCUACAGAGUCUCUGUAUGCUUUGUCGAGAGUAGGGGCUGAGUGGUGGAAUUACGACUUGCAAAGUGGCAGGCUGUGCAGAGUCGAG